AACUUUAGGCGGUCGGUUAUCUUUUCAACAUUUAAGGUUAGGUUAUCAAUGGAUUUGUAAAUAGAGCGGUGUAUUUUUAAAUUAUAAAAUGACUGCGUUUACAUUAAGCUACCGAGAAGUUAUAUCAGAUCAAACACUGCUGGAAAACUGGAGAGAAAUUACUCUUUCUACAGGGGGUACCCAAAGCACAUUACAGGAUAUAAAAGUAGCCGAAAGAGCAAAUGGAUUUUGUUAUGAAGAUUCAACCAAGCACCAUACAAGAAAUAGGUUUAUAUAUUGGAGGAUAAAUUACGAUGUGUUGGAGCUUGUAGAACACAGUUUGGAUGUAAAUUUGACAGGGAAUCGUGUGAGAUACAGAUUUAUCGACACUCCAAUUUUAGACGGUAUAUCAGUGCAUGAAACAUAUGAAAAUGUUAUCGUUUUAGUACCGACUGUAUGUAGCGUUCAUCGUUUAAUAUUUCCUCAUCCCGACCGAUUUCAUAGACAGGACGAUUUAUUGGGCACCCAUCCUGAACUUCCUGCUCCAUCGAUAUUCUGCAAGGCCUCCGCUUCGGAUGCCAGAAAUUCAAAUACAUUUUAUGUUUUUAAUAAUCCAAGCACUGCCAAUGAUCAGCUGCCUAAUUUGGCUUGUUCAUACUUACUACCUGAUACCGAAGAGGCAAUUUUUGCUUUAGCUUAUCCUUCCACUGAGUUGUUACUCAUAAAACAAAGUUCAGAGGGACAGGCUGUUUCAACAGAGCUAAAAGGAGACUCUUUGAUGCCUAGAUUUUUGACGGGAUUAGCUGAGAAGUUUCGUCAAAAGAAUUUGGAUGGUGAUAAUGUAGUAAGCUUGUCGAUUCUUAUCAUCGAUGGUGAAACGUACAUAUUAAGUUUGUGCAGAAACGGGCAUCUCAAAUUCUGGUCCUGUUCCAAGGGGCAGUGUGUUGCUGUUAUCGAUAUAUUGGCUGAAACGGGAGAUAUUGCCAAAGAUCGGGUACAAGGAGCUGUUUUGAGAAAAUCAGUAGAUGAAACCAGUGCGGAAAGCAUAUUAGCGGUCUUUAUGAGUUUCGCUUCAGGUUGUCAAUUUCAUAUACUGAAACCCUUCAUCAGCGGACAGCAAAUAAGAAUCGUACGACUCAAUACUUUGCACUCUCUCGAGAAUGAUUUGAUCGAUUUUGCGCUACAAACGAACCGUCUGUGGUCAGCGUGGAGGUGUGAGGAUGGCGAAUGUUUAGUUUACACUGCUUCGUUACAGUCCGACACGUUUAAGUCAAAUAGCUGGACACCGGUGAUUUUAGAAACACUUCCUGACGCUAAUCAGGCCCCUACGACUGACGGAGAGAGCGAUCCUCGCCAAGUUUAUUUGCAGCAUAUCUUCAGUCCAGGGAAAUUUCCCCUACACAUUAUCAGUAAGGCUUUGUCGAUAUACAAGAGAUCUACCAUUCUCACCGACACUCAUGCAACUGCUUCGGGCCUGAAGCAAAGGAUUUGCAUGGCAGUUGAAAACGAAAUUCAGAACACUCUGAACGGAAGCGAUAUAAAUGAUGACGAAUACUUAGAGUGUGCGGAAUGGUGUUGGCAGAAAUUUUAUUCUUGUUGUGUUCAGUAUCACAUAGCAAGCUUGAAACCUCUCGGGUUGAUGUUAUUGCCCUCCGUUUCCGGAGCUGUGUUUUUAAAAAAAUCUACUUUUUCGUUUUUGAGGCCUUUAGAUCCCUUGGAGCACAUGAUGCUGUGCAGCGAUUACAUGUAUAAGGAUCAGUUUGUUAAUUUUUCUAUGUUAGCUGAAGACAUGGAAACAACUGGGGACGUAAUGAACUUAUUUGAAACGAUCGUUUAUUUAGAACAGCAGAUGAGUGAAAUAUUUUCACAGACGUUUGAAAAAGAAUUGUUUAACUUACAAGUGCCGGACGUUGUAAUGGAAAGUUUACUGGAGAAAAUACAGUCCGAAAUGGACAGUCAGUUUACUACGCAGGUGUCCAGCAUGUUAAGUCAAGUCUUUGAUCUAUAUAAAGCAAUUCAUAAAGUUCUAGAACUGCUAAGAUACGAGAACACUUUGGCAAACCCGGAUAACGAGAUCAAUCCAUCUGCUAUGUAUCAUUUUAGCUCCCAAUUGGGAGUAUCCGUCGUAGCGGCAUGUCUAAGACAGCAGGCUCAAAUCAGGUUCCAAAUUUGCCGAAACCUCCUUCUCAUUUGUAACAUACUUUUAAAAAAUAAGGAGAAGGAAUGGGGUGUACUGGAAGCUAUUCGUUCUGUGUGUACGCCAGAAAUAGUGGUUUUGACACAAGCAAGUUACAUCAUGCUUUGGCUGAGCGGUUUGCCAGCCUUAGUAAACUUACCGCACGAAUCCAGUAUCCAGCGAUUGACCCCAAUAAAAUUAACACCAGUUUUUAAUCUGCGAUUUUCCACCACUUGUGUAUCAUUACUGGAACUUUUCACCGCAUCAAGUGGUGGGGAAGAAGCGAGGAAAUCAUUUGCUAGGGUGACUUGUAGCGACGAAGCGUUAGCGCACUGGCAUUUAUCGCUGUUGCCAUACCUCAAUCACCUGAGGCAUAUCAUAUGGCCGAUUAGCGGAGGUACCGUUCUAGCGGAGUGGUUAUUAAGCAGCGGUCAGCACUUGUGGCUGCAACAGUACGUGCGACUUUUGAGCAACUGGUGCGAGUGGAACAGCUGUACAAGAAGUUUCCUGCUAGCGGCGUCAUUCUUGACCAGCGGAGAGAACUACAAAGCGCAGGAGUUGUUCCAAGCAGCUGCGAAAGGAAUCUUUAGCGACUCGUUUUUGGAGCAGAGAAUACUGAGAACCUCGGAAGAUAAUCCCACUAAAGCCUACAUAAACUAUUACUUAAAGGUUAUUCAAUUGUUGGAACUGCACAAAGCGAGAGAUUGCGCUAUAAAUAUGGCCAAUACGGCACUAAGCAUUGUUGAACCUGAUAAUCCUCUCUCGGCUACAUUAUAUUCAAUCAAAUUCAAGCACCACCUUGCUCUGAAACACUAUAAAUUGGCGUUCGAAUCGCUAAAUUCCAACCCAGACGCCGAACGCAAGAAAGACAAUCUAAGAGACCUCGUAAAAACUUUGUUAGAUGAAAAAAAACUAGACAUCCUAUUAAAUUUCACUUACGGGAGUAUGGACGAAUUCUUCACGAACAUAUUACUGACGAGAGCUCGGGCUACCGAUGGUGUUAAUAAUGUCUUCUACGAUUUCCUGUAUUCUUAUCAGAUUAAGAGAGGACCUCUUUCACACAGGCUGGCCGCUUCGGUGAUGUACGAACAAGCCUUUCGAUUGUUGCACCUCAAUACAGCGGACGCAUUAGAGAAACAAGUGAAAUGUUACCUGGCGGCCAAAAACGUUUUGCAGCUGUGCAAGCCUGAGUUUGCUUGGGUCGUUAGGCCUGCGGAUCCCGAGGAGGAAGUGGAGGAAGUCGUCUUGGAACCUGUCGCCGGAUCAAAUAAGGAACUUCAAGUUUUAAGAUUACGAAAACAGGUGGAGGUCAUAAAUAUAAAUACGAUCCGAAAGGACCUCGUUUUUGCUUCCGCCAAACUAAAAUUGGCCCGAUUUGACGCAACUUCUCCGACGAAUAUAACAUCGCCUGUGGAACUGGUGACACUCCUCAACAACUCCGGUUUGUUCAAAACAUCGCUAGAUAUCUGCACCACUUUCAAUUUGCCUUACAACAGCAUCUUCGAAACGCUCACAAAACAUUGCAUUUUACUUACCGAACAAGAGCAUCCUAGCGCGUGGAAUUGGUUGGUCGAAAAUGACUUACAAGACCUUCCUGUUAAUAGAGACAGCGCCGCUGACGUUGUGUGGCAGUUGUUGCAGGAAUAUUUAGAAAAAUAUGAAGAACCGAAUAUGACUACGUUACAUUACGUGGUUUGUAAAAAAAUAAUUCAGAUGAGGAUUUAUGUACCGCAAUGGCUUCUAGCGUCUUACAAGAAUGUCUUAUUUUUACAGCUCAGAAAUGCACCGGAACUGCUCAGACUGCUACACAGUUCUGGAAGGCUAGAGGAAGCGAUCGAAUUAGUUAACGAGUACCUGCUCGCCGCUCUAGGUUACGGCAAAGAAUUUUACGGUUUCGACAAGCCUUUAGUGCCAUCCGCCUUACCGUUUUGCCUUCCGGUUUACGCCAUACGAAAUUUGAUCCGUGAAUUAGAGAUACAAAAUACACAGUCUCUUGAUAAACCGUAUCUCAAGGAAUGUGAAAAACUCACAGAAAUCUUCAGUAAGUACUUAGAAACGGCAACUAGAAUAUCCAACGAGAUGUGCCAGAAAAAGUUGUCUGGGGGUACCAUAAGAGCUGGGGCUCACGUCAAAGCAUUUUAAAUAAAUCUGUUGCUGAUAAAAGUACUGUUUCCAUUUUUGAUACAAUAAAGUUUUACAUAUAAUUAAA